AUGGACCGCUUCCGACUAGACGGCGUGGACCACGACGGCGUGGACACGGUCGAGCCCAUGCGUCCGAGCUCCUUCGACAUGACGUUCUCACUGGGCAGUUACCCACGUGCCACCCAAGGGAUAAGCAGAGAGAGCGAGUCACAGGCUGCGAACCCCAAGACUCUGGAAUCAAACGUCGGUGUGACGAACGACAGUAACAAGAGGCAGGACAGGGGGCAGAAGGGGAGACUGCACGUGGACGAGCUCAUGGACAGCUCGCGCUCUCAAAAGCUGGACCCGAGCAGUGUCGACUCGUCUGUGGACCCCCUGAUGCCCACUACAGCAGGUGCUUCGUCGCCCCCUGUUUCGUCGUCGUCGGCGGCUUCGGCGGCACAUAAAGACGUGGCUACUAUCGCCUUGAGGCUCGAGGAGAAGGCCCACGAGGCCAUUGACGCCGCCAACUUGUGUGGCAGACUGUCGUGGAAACUGGCCAAACGCACGCAAGACGUGCACGUGUAUCGACCAGCGACCCUUCCAUCCGAAGAGGACGCGUCGACGAAACUCUAUUUCCGCGUGUCGUGCGAAGUCAAGGCGCAUCUUGGCACAAUCAUGGAGUACUUGACGCCGAGCAACUCGAGGAACUACUUUGACAUUGAGUCGCAGGUGUUUCCAGGACUGCUGCACGCUGCAGUUAUCAAGCGUAUGGAGCUCCCAGAACGUGCGGCGUCGUCCGGGGUCAACUCGGGACAGACGCUGCAGUUUCCGACCGGUGCCUCGGCCACGACAACUGCAAGUGACAGUCAUGAUGACGCGUCCAGUGUGGGAGAAGACGCGAGUGAAGCGUUUCCACAUUUACAAGUCAAGUGGCAUGCGAGUCGUUUUGCUGGGCGGUUUGUGAAGCCCGUGGACUUCUUUUUUGUCGAGUAUGCAAACAUCGAGACGAUGGCCGACGGUAAGAAGCGUGGAUACGGCUACAUUCGAUCGGUCGAGUCUUUCAAAGGUGACGAGCUGGCCAUUCGACUUGCAGGAGAAGACGUGGUCAUUCCUUCGAGUGUUGCCAAGUGCAAGCGUGCUGUGAUUAAUAAAGGCGUCUACCUCGUAUCGCCCUCGGAUGAUGCUUCAGGCACGUACAAAGUGACAUGCAUGAUGGUGAUUGAUUUUCAGAAGCAGUUUGCGACUUCUGUGGGGGCGAAAAUUAUCCAGAAUUUCACUGAUCGGCUCAUUGGCAUUCGCGAGCUACUUUUCAACACGCUCUUUCGGCCCAUUGCCGUGCUGUCAAAGAAUGAGUGGAAACCUGCACGCAGCAACAAGUGUGCGAUUUGCAUUUGCUCGUUCUCGAUCGUAAAGUCCAAGCACCACUGUCGAUCCUGCGGUGAAGCUGUUUGUGGUCAAUGUAGCCGAAAAUGGACACUACACCCCGGUGCCCAGCCGGAGGCCCACGCCCGACUGUGCACGAGUUGUUCGUUGCAGGCAAGGAGCUAUCUCACGCCGAACGGUGAACCCAGCCGCUCACCAGCAGGGGCUUCUUCUCGUUUUUCGUCGGUAUUAAGCAAUAUCCAGCCUGCUGGAAAUCGCUCGAACGUUUCCUGGAAGGCUAAUGAUCACAAAUGUGACGUACAAGUGGCAAGCACUGUCUCAACUGAUCCGGAUGUUUUUGCUGCCGCCACAUCAGCUUUUGCAAAACUCGUGACUGCUUUGGGUGAUCAGAAUCCUCAUUUCAUGUUGGUGUCGUACUCGCAUCACCAUAAUGGUGCUACAGUGUACGAAGCACUUGCACGUGUCGCUCCAGAUACCCUUUUCAUGGGUGGUACAUCCAGUGGUGGUGUGUACGUAGGCGCUUCCUCGCCAGCGAUGGGUUUGGGCCAGGGCAGCAACACAAAUAGCAACUCGCGGCAUCGACAGCACAUACGCUCGGCAACUCAUGAAACCGUGGGUUUAUGGGGUAUUUACGAUCCGGAAGGGUCCUAUGCGAUCUUAAAUGCGGAUUUGGACCGUGAGAGUCCACGUGAUGCUGCACGGAGAUGCUUGUUGGAUGGCAUGAGGAUGCUCGCAAUGGAACCGGAGGAGAGCCCGGACUUUGUAUGGACUGUACUGGGAUGCGAAGAUAGCUCUUAUAACGUUAACGACCAACGGGAUGGCGAGGAAGAGCAGAUUACACGGGCUGUGAAUGAAAUCGUGGACUGUUCCUACUCGGUAGUGGGUGGUAGCUCGUCCCGAUAUGCUGCGAAUGGCAGUCUAUCUACUACUCAGGUGUGCUCGGAAGGGGGCAGUACAGGGUGCGUGACGAAGCACGGCGUGUGUUUUGCGAUUUGCUGCCCUAGUGUCGAAGUUGCGCACGCGUUAUUCACGUGCUACGAUGCGACAGAGAAGACGUUUGUCGUGACGAAAGCGAGUGGCCGUGAACUGUUCGCACUCGACCACAAACCCGCUCUGGAAGCCAUUAACGAGGCAACACACGGCAUGUUGACGGAAAUGACGCAGCGACCAGAAAAGUUUAAUCUGGAAUCGAGUUUGCUACCAGCUUACUACCCGGUCGCGCGUGAGCGACGUGGUGCAGUACCUCGUGGCUUCAAAAGGAGCAGUUCACGCUACCAAAUUUUGCAACCAGAGACGUCUGCGCGGGAUCUGUCGCUACACAUGGGCGCCGAGGUGUGCGUUGGUGAGCGACUACAUAUGAUGUCUCUCUCGCCACAAGGCAUGGCUUCUAAGGCUCGCCGUGGACUACGUGACGCUGUUCGGAUAUCGAUCCCGACGAUGGAUCUCGACGAUGUCAUAGGAUGUUUUCUGAGCGUCGGUAUCAGCUAUGAUCGUGUGAUGCAGGGUGAUCUGAAAGCGGUGGCUGACGCAUCGGGAAGUGCUUUCCCCCACGGAGCAUCGCUCUUGUCAGUCUCUCAUGGACAGCAGGGCGUCAUGGCCGGUGGCAACGAGGCUGUUCAUGCUAACAGCAUGAUGACAGCUCUGAUCGUCACCAACCGCAAGAAGUCACAGAAGCUUCGACCGCUUACUCUUCGAAGGAGAGUUUCUUGA